ACACUUGGGUAUCACCGCCAGCCAAAGCAGUACCUUCCAUUUCAGACACCGACCUGGGCCCGGGAGACAUCGCAAGGCUAUUUAAGAUGGUGUGGUCUGCCCAUCUACGUUGAUCGUCCCAAGAAAGGGGCACCGUCUGCAGAACUUGCCAGGAAAGUCUUCCUGGGCGGCGCGGGCAACGCCAGGGUCUCCCCGCGCUACUUCCUCCCCCGGCGCCUUCUCUUGGGCGCGCGUGCGCCCCCUGCAGGCGGCCCCCGGGAGAGCCUCGCGGGGGAGCCGGGAGCCCGGUUUCCCCGCCAACCCCCAUCCCACCAGCCCCGGCGGCCACCCUGGGGGCGAGGCAGCCCGGCGCGUGGGAGGGGACGGCGCGCCAUUGGCUUGUGCGCGGAACCGAGAGGAGGGACCAGCGCGGGCCGCCAGACUCGGGCCGCGGACGGAGGUGGUGGCGGAGUUCCCGCUGCCCACAAGUCUGGCCUGACCUUCUGGGGCGGGGGCCUGGGGGCAGGGGCCCUGGGCCGGAGGACCUGGGGCCGCCUAACGACUCGGAGCUCCCCGCCGGGGGACACCGGCGCUCGGCCCGGGUCUCAGAAAGUGGAUAAAAGGCCACGGGGAGGCUGGAAGAGGAAGGGCAUGAGCCAGGUAACAUCCUUGGCUGAGGAACAGGUGAGGGACCCGGUUCUCACCAGCGGCUUAGUGACUUUCAGGGCAGCCUCGCCUGGCCGCGGGAGGGAUGUGGCUAAUUGUAGCUUCUAUCUGGGUUCACCAGAAGGUGGUGGCUAGCAGCUGAGGUGUUGGGACAGCAUCCUGGGCCCUCCAGGAGCCGGGUGAUGAAAGGUUAGGCUCUGGCUUCCCUGGCAGGGUGGGGUUGGCCUCCUGUCCUGAUGGCUGGCACACACUGAAGCAUUAACCCAGAGUCUCUGUGUGCCAGGCGUGGGACUGGCGUCACACUUACCACCCGCCGCUGUCUCCUAUCACCAUGGGGCCUGUGUGUGGGGAGGGGAAAGGCGUAUCAACUCCCUUUUGUGGAUGAGGAACUAAAGCCAGGGGGCGUAGGAGGGUAGUUUGGCCUAGAAAUGACAUCACACUCACUAAAGACCGCCAAUAUCAACUUUUGCAGUUUUUUUCCCCAAUGCGACAUGGUACACUGCCUCCCUAGUUGAUCCGGUCUACAGCCACAUACCCCACAGUUUGAUACUGUGUUCUGAUGUUUGUUCGGGUGCUUUAUUUUAAGACACCAGGAGGCUUGAAAAUGGGAGGUGACCUGGGGACAUCCCUGCACUCUGCCUCUGGCAGCCCUGGCUGGGGCUGGAGGGUGAGAUUUGCCUGGGGCCACAGGACACUGAGACAGCAGGGUCCCCUGGUGGAGAGCCCAGUGGCCUCUGAGCCUGUCUGUAGAUGGGGAUGGCUUUUCUGCCUUUACCGGACGGUGGGUACAAGUGAGAAUGAGAUGCUGGAAGCAGCCCGAGGUGGGGAGUGGCACACUGUUAUUCACCCUGGUUGGCAUUGAAACCCCAGGAGCUUGGUUUCCUCAUUCGCAGUGUGUCCGUCAGUAGCACCCAUCUUGCAGGGCAGCUGUGAUUAAAGAAGCCAGGGCCACCCCGGAGCCAGGCUCUGAGGCUUCACCUUACCCCGUUUACACUUCUGUCUCC